AUGGUUAUGUUGUUUAGUGUUCCCAAGGAUGUGCUUCGCUGUAAUGAAUGGUUAAUAAAUUGUGGUCGACAAGAUUUGCUGAACAAAUCGAUUGAUGUACUAACUAAGUACUAUCGUGUUUGUUUAAACCAUUUUAACGAUAAUAUGUUUUCAAGUGCCGAAAAGUCUCGACUAUUACCAAAGGCAGUUCCUACAGAAUUUGAGGAAUGUAAUAAUGUAUCUGUCGAAGAAAUUGGACUAGACAAUUCAACAGUGGGUAACAAUUGUCUUGAUGAAACAAUUUUUGAUUCAUCAGUUGCCACAAGUACACCAUCCAAAGAAAAUCAAUCGAUUUCUGUUACUUGUAAUGAAUCUGGGACAUCACCAGUUUUGAGACUUUCAACAUCUUCCCAAACAACACAGCUCUUGUCACUAAACACUCCCAGGAAACGAAAGCUCAAAGUGGAAGUUAAAGAGCUCAGAAAUAGAUGUCAGCAAUUAGAGGAACAAUUUGAAACACUUUCCAAUCAGGUAAAAGACAUUGUGUCGUCAGAUCAACAUUUUUAUCAAGCUUGUGAUUCCAAAUUACCUGCAAAUUUAUCUAUGCUAGUAAAACAUUAUGUGCAAAUGGCCAAGAAGAAAUCACAAGGUAUACGUUACUGUAAUCAGAUAAAGCAGUUGGCUCUUUCCAUAUACUUUUUUGGUCCUCAAGCAUAUAGAUUUUUAAAAACUAUUUUACAAUUACCUAGUACCAGAACAUUACGUAGAAUUACAGAACAAAUAGAACUAAGGCCAGGAUUAAAUGAUAUUUUAUUUGAAACGAUGGACCUAAAGAUAAAAAAUAUGAAGGAUGAUGCGAAGGAUUGUAUUUUGUGUAUUGACGAAAUGUCUAUUAAGUCCCAUUUAUAUUAUAAAUUAUCCCAGGAUUAUAUAAUAGGAUUCAAUAACUCAAAUAACACAAAGACUUACGAACUAGCAAAACACGUAUUGUUCUUUAUGUUGAGAAGUUUAAAUCAUGAGUGGAAACAACCUGUCGCUUACUAUUUUAUAAACAAUAGUUGUUCUGGGAUUGAUCUUCAAAAUACCAUCUUUGAUGUAAUUACAAAACUUCAAAGUAUAUCAAUAAAUAUUAAGGCUGUAACAACUGACCAAGGAUCCAAUUUUACCAGUUUUGCAAACACUAUGAAUGUGUCAAGUCAACGACCUUUUUUUUUUGUCAAUGGAAAAAAAAUCUUUUAUAUAUUUGACGUACCGCAUUUAUUAAAGUCCACCAGAAAUAAUUUCUUCAAAUACAAUUUAACAUUUUUAAACAGCAUAACAGAUAAAAAAUACCUUACUCAAUUCUACAAAUCAGAUCAAGGUUUAAAUCGAUUAGCCCCUAAAUUAACAGAUAUUCACAUUAAUCCUGGUGCCUUUCAGAAAAUGAAAGUAAGAUAUGCUAGCCAAACGUUUAGUGCUACUGUAGCAGCUGGUAUGAAAACCUGUAUUGAAGGCGGUACUUUACCUCGUUUAGCUAAUGGUACUGUUCAAUUUAUUGAUAACAUGGACAAAUUAUUCGAUUUACUAAAUUCAAAACCUAGCCGUGGGAAUAAAGAAUUUAAUCAACCAUUCAGAAAUGCUGAUUACCAGAGAAAACAUUUACAAUUCAUGUUAGAAGAAUUUACAAACAUGAAGAUUAUUCAAAAACAAAUUGUAAAUGGAAAAAUGGUUGAAGUAGAUGUUACAUCACGAGUAAAAUUUUUAAAUGGCUGGAAGAUAACUAUUAGUUCUGUUCUACAAUUAUGGGAUGACAUGACCAAAGAAUUAGGUAAGCCCUAUAUCUUAUACACAGGUCGUUUAAAUCAAGAUUGCUUGGAGAAUCUUUUUGGAACUUUCCGGAACCAGAAUGGAAAUUGUGUAAACCCAACCCCAAUACAAUUUUUCUUCAGUUUUAAAAAAAUAUUUUUUAUGAACUAUUUUAAACAUUCAAGUGGAUCUAAUUGUUUGGAUGACUUGAACGACAUAUUGACUAAUAUUGGAGAUAUUUCACCCCCCUUAAAUAAUGGCCAUGCACUAUUUCCAGAAAAAACUCCUUUUAACUUUUCACAUUUAAAAGUUGGGACUGUUGACUACCGUGAGUUAUGCUUUCCAGAGAGAAAUGCACUUGCCUAUGUUUGUGGCUAUUUUAUUAAAAAGUGUAUGGAAAGACAUAGUUGUGAGAUGUGUUUAAAUUAUAUUACAAAUCAAAACCAAUUAGACCAAUCACUUUUAUUUAUAUAUUUUAAAGCAUAUACAAAUAGUGAAGCUAAUUCCACUGAUUCCACUUUUGGAAAAUUAAAUGUACCAACCGAUCAGUUUCUUAAUUAUAUAAAUGAUUUGGAUGAUAUAUUUAUUAACAAUUUUCCUUUAUUAGCAGUACAAGACAAUGUUGGGAAAAAACUUAAAAAUUUAUUGGACAAUGUGCCUUUAAAUCAUCCUUGUCCCAAUUUUGAUAUUGAAUUUCUUAAAAAACUAUAUAUCCGUUUAAGAAUAUUUCAUACCAUUAAAAACUUAAAUAAAACUAUGUUAUCAACAACAAGAAAAAACAGAAAAUUAGGUAUUUUAUCCCACCUUUAA